GCAAACAAUUAUCUACAGCUGUCCAGCGUUCUUCUAAGAUUUCUCAGUUUGAAUAAAAUGAAGAAAAUCUCUGGUGGCGGUGACAGUGAAAGCUACUUCCAUUUGACCGUAGUGGGAGAGUUGGAAGCGGCAUGCUUCCCAUUAGGGCCCGAUGGAAGCAAUUUAUUCUGCCGUUACGACAUUGUGGCGGGACCUGAUUGGGAGCUGGUGUCAGGCUUACGAUCGGGAAUCACCCAGAGCGCUAAAGUCGAUCGUGACUAUAGGUUGGUUGUUUUCAAUAUGCCAAUUGAGUUCACUAUGAAAUCGACAAACCCACAUGGGUGGCCACAAAUAGUGUUUUGUCUGUAUGGUAAUAACUUCUGGAACGUCGAGACUAACCGGGGAUACGCUAGAAUCCAUUGUCCGCUGAGCGGUUUGAGGCGCACCAUCCGGGCGCCAUUGUUCGUUCCGAAGUUUACCAACAUAUGGUCGGCGGCAAUGAGUUGGAUUACGGGUAUAAAUCCCGAAAUGCGAGAACCGAAAAUACUAGCAGAUGGAUCGAAACACAAAGGCCUGGCGUUGGAGAGCUAUGGAGAGCUUGUGAUUUCUCUGCAAGCGAUGUCACGUGGUUGUGGUAAAAUGGGCCUUGAUUGGGGCCAAUCCUAUGAUUGAAUAAAUCAGUCAAACAAA